UCGGUAUCAAACGCUGAAUCACAUAAUAGCAAGCACAGUCGAAAAGCAACGUAUGAUGAUAAUCGUCGAACCAGAAAUAGCACGUGUUAGAAAUUCCCUACCAUGAAUUUACGAAGGCGCAGACACACAGAGAUCAUUGUAACGAAAAGACAUAAUUCCGUCUUCUGUUUGCAUUCUAUUGUUUUUAUCGAGAUCAAUUGAAGAUCAAGACACUUCAAUUAUCGAAUUUGUCUGAAGAAUGGUUCUGUGAACUGAAAUAAUAUAACAGUUGUUCAGUGUUGGUGUUUUGAGGGUGCUGAGUAAACCGGCAAUAUGGAAUUUUUGGAAGAUCUAGGUUUCGAUAGGACCAUGUACCUUAAACCGGUAAACUGGUCCAGCUUCAAACACGCCCUGACAAGAAAAAAAGAAGUAAACUGUGAUGAAGAGAGUAAACUCAGCAAAGUAUUAUCCACAGUAGAUCUAGUAGCCUUAGGAAUAGGAAGUACUCUCGGUGCAGGAAUCUACGUAUUGGCUGGAGAUGUAGCAAGAAACACCUCUGGACCAGCUAUAGUAGUCUCAUUCUUUAUAGCUGCACUAGCCUCAAUUUUAGCAGGAUUAUGUUACGCAGAAUUCGGAGCCAGGGUACCAAAAGCUGGAUCAGCUUACAUCUACACUUAUGUUUGUAUUGGAGAAUUUUGUGCAUUCAUCAUAGGAUGGAAUUUGAUUUUAGAGUACCUGAUAGGAUCUGCAACAGUAACUAAAGCGAUAUUCACCUAUUUGGACAAAUUAACUGAUGAGAAGAUGUCUGGUUUUUUCAACAGCACUGUACCAAUUCACGCAGAUGGCUUUGGUAACUUCACGGAUUUAUUUUCUCUCACGUUGGCCAUUCUAUUUUCAGUGGCCAUUGCAUUUGGCGCCAAAGAAUCAUCCCUCAUCAACAACGUCUUCACCCUUAUCAACCUGACUGUGGUGUGCACCGUUAUAAUUUCUGGAUUUUGGAAGGCCGACACGUCUAACUGGAGUAUACCCAAGGAAAAAAUACCUAGUGAUAAGUAUGGAGAGGGUGGUUUUGCACCCUAUGGAAUCAAAGGUAUAAUCAAGGGAGCUGCUCGAUGUUUCUUCGCAUUUAUUGGAUUUGAUUGUAUCGCUACUGCAGGCGAAGAAGCAAAAAAUCCACAGAAAUCGAUACCCAUUGGAGUGGUUAUUUCUUUGAUCAUCGUAUUUUUAGCAUAUUUUGGUGCCUCCGCCAUGAUAACUUUGAUGUUACCUUAUUACGAACAGGAUAGUAACGCCCCCCUCAUCUACGUUUAUGAGAGAAUGGGCUGGCCUGUUCUGAAGUACUUGGUCAGCAUCGGUGCCUUAUGUGGAUUAUUCGCAAGUCUUCUAGGUGCCAUGUUUCCGUUGCCGAGGAUUAUCUACGCCAUGGCGUCCGAUGGACUGAUCUUCAGAUUCUUGUCCAAAGUUCAUCCUAAAUUUCACACGCCUUUCAUGGGAACUCUGGUUGCUGGUACGAUUGCAGGCGUUCUUGCUUGUCUCUUCGACUUGGAGAAGUUGUCCAACAUGAUGUCCAUUGGAACGUUAUUUGCUUACUCUAUGGUGGCAGCUUGUGUUAUGGUAUUGAGAUAUAGUGAGGAAAAAUCAAUUAAACCCAAAGAAAACAAAGAAGAAACGUUAUACAAGUUUUUCCUGAAGCAGAUCAUAUUUCCUCAAACCAAAGUUCCUACAAAACUCACUUCGAAAUUCGUCUCAACUAUGAUUAUGUCAUUUGGAAUCCUAUGCUUAUUUGGAUCGGGACUUUUGGCAGUUUUUGAGGAACAACUGAAUAAAGGAGAAAUCUGGUUGAUUGUUCUUCUUGGUUUUGUAGGUCUGUCCUUGUUUGUCAUUCUCUUGUUGGUAUCUCUUCAGCCAACUUCUUCACAAGCAUUAACAUUUACGGUACCAUUGGUCCCAUGGAUACCUGGUGUCAGCAUAAUGAUUAAUAUUUACUUGAUGACAACACUACCAACCUCAACAUGGGUAUAUUAUUUAUGUUGGAUGGCAAUUGGUCUCUUUAUAUACUUUUUAUAUGGAUUCUGGAAUAGUUUGGAGGGUCACAAGAACUCAGAUACAUAUCCAUUAAGAAAAGGGAAAGAUGUCGAAACUUCCGAAUUUUGAAGGAAUAAUCAAAUGAAGAAAAUGAAAUCAAUUAGGAAGCUGUGACUUUUCGUUAGAUGAUUGUCGGUGUAUAUUGUUAAUAAUAUGUAAAAUUUCAUACCAAAGACUGACAAUUUUAUAAGAUGAUUUCUAUUACUGCCGAAAGUACAUUUAAAAGAUUGAUCGUAUUAUGUUUCCAUAUUAUAACUUUCAAUAAAAUAUACAAAACC